UUUUCUUUUUUGUUAUGCGGUGCGAAAAUUUGUUGUUUACUUGGCAUGGAAAUUAAGGUUAAGCGAAAAUUGUCUAAAUAGAAAAAAUCGAACCGCAACAAUAAGCACUCCCAACAGUAAAGCAAUAGAAUAGCAAUUUGAAUACGUAACAACUUACCACCGAUUAACAAUGAGCUUCCCAUUGACGAAUCCCAAUAAGGAGACUAUCCGCGCAGCCUGUAAGAAAUGUGGAUAUGCAGGACAUUUAACUUACCAAUGCCGCAACUUUUUAAAGGUUGACCCCAACAAGGAAAUUGUAUUGGACGUUUCCAGCACAAGUUCGGAUUCGGAAUUGGACUACCUCACACCGUUAACAGAGCUGCGCAUGAAGGAGCUGAAAGAAAAGGAAGCCGAAUUGUUAAAGGCAAAAAGCGAGAAAAAGCACAAAAAAUCCAAAUCAAAAAAGAAGUCGGCGAAAUCGUCAUCUUCCCGAAAACGUAAAAAAGGCAAAAGCAGUGGCAAAAGUAAGAAGCAUAAAAAACAUAAAGAAUCCUCAACGUCGAGUGAAAGUAGUAGUAGCAGCAGCAGCAGUAGUUCAGAUUCCAGUAGCGAAGAGUCAGAAACUGAAUCGGAUUCUAGCGAUAAUGAAGAGUCGCCCACCAGCAGCGACGAUGAGUAUGGCCGCAAGAAAAAGAAGCAGGGCAAGUAUAAGCGCAAAGCUGAUACGCCGGCUAUGCGUCGUAAAAAGACGCGUGUGAAGUGCAAACGACGUCGCGCCUCUGCACGACCCUCCAGCAGUGAAGAGGACGAUACAAGCUCUGAUUGAGAUUGGUUGUGGCCACUGUGUGAUUAUGCGAGAUUAGUUGGUUUGACAAGAAUAAUUAAGCAAUAACAAAGCGUUCAUUCCUGGUUAAACACAUAUAUACAUAUAUAUACUUGCGUU